GAGCUCACCCUUGGAGGGUGGGUGUCCCAGGUCCCCCGAGAGGGCGGGUGCCCGAGCCCUGCCCCGGAAGGGCCAGGCCGGAGCUCACCCCAGGAGGGCUCGCCUCACCAGGACGGUGCCCAAGCUGACCCCUGCGAAGGCAGCCUCCUGUUCGGAUCCCUACGGGGUCUCCCAGCAACGCCUGCCCAGGAUGCGGGAAGUCAGGGCCUCCAGGGGCCAGGGCCGGUCCCCCAGCGGGAUUGGCACUCGGGACCCGUCCUGGGUCAUGCUGCUCAUGUACGUGCUGGCAGCCCUGGAGCUCGCCUGCCUCUUCAUGCAGUUCUCCAUCAUGCCAUACCUGUCCCGGAGGCUGGGCCUGGACUCUGUCGCCUUCGGCUACCAGCAGACCAUCUUUGGCGUGCUUCAGCUGUUGGGCGGGCCCGUGUUUGGCAGGUUCGCAGACCAGCGCGGGGCGCGGGCAGCGUUCACGCUCUCCUUCCUGGCAUCCUCAGUGCUCUACCUGCUCCUGGCGGCCGCCUGCAGCCCGGCCCUGCCUGGCGUGGCCUUACUCUUUGCCUCGCGCCUGCCCGGCGCCCUCAUGCACACGCUGCCAGCCGCCCAGAUGGUCAUCACGGACCUGUCUGCGCCUGAGGAGCGGCCCGCGGCCCUGGGCCGGUUGGGUCUGUGCUUCGGCGUUGGCGUCAUCUUCGGCUCCCUGCUCGGCGGGACCCUGAGCAGCACGUGCGGGAUUCAGUGUCCAGUCAUCGUGGCUCUUGUGGUCAACCUCCUGGGAGCCAUUCUCAGCUUCACCUGCAUCCCCACCAGCACCAAAGGGGCCAGCGCCCAUGCCCAGGCUGCCCUGCCAGGGAAACCCAAGGCCAGCCUGUUUGACCUGAAGGCCAUCACCUGCCUGCUGCUGCAGCCGGGCGUCCUGCCGGUGUUUCUGGUCAAGGUCAUCUGCGGCUUCCCCUCAGGGCUCUUCAUGGUCAUGUUCUCCCUCAUCUCCAUGGACUUCUUUCAGCUGGAGGCCGCCCAGGCCAGCUACCUCAUGUCCUUCUUCGGGGUCCUGCAGAUGGUCUUCCAGGGCCUGGUCAUCGCGUGGCUGAGCGGCCACUUCUCUGAGGGAGCCCUGCUCCGGGCCAGCGUGCUGGUCUUCAGCGUGGUGGGACUGGCCAUGGCGCUGAUGGCCAAUGUCUUCCACUUCUGCCUCCUCAUGCCCGGCCUGGUCUUCAGCCUGUGUGCCCUCAACGUGGUCACCGACAGCAUGCUGACCAAGGCCGUCUCGGCCUCAGACACGGGAACCAUGCUGGGCCUCUGCGCCUCUGUGCAGCCGCUGACCCGAACCCUGGGGCCCACCCUGGGAGGCCUCCUGUACCGCAGCUUCGGAGUCCCCGUUUUCGGCCACGUGCAGUUCGCCGUCAACUUCCUUGUCCUCCUGGUCCUCUGGAGGCAGCCUAUACCCCCAAAGAUGGACAAAGCCUGGUGACCGUGGCCCCCAGGCACAGACUGGCAAUAAACUCCCUUAG